AUGAAGACCUCGACGGUACUAUCAAUGGACAACAUCAAAAUCAUGACUGAGUCCGCAGCCUCAGCAGCCGACGUCAAAACUGAAGGUGUUAACGACAAGGACUUUGGGCCGGCCUUUGACAAGCUCUAUGAUCUCAUGGACGAAGACCGCAUGGACGAAUGCCUUGAAGAAGCGCGCGACUUAACUAGUGGAAGAGCCCCGCCUACCUACCUACCUUCGCAUCAGGACUUGGAUUCUGCUCGAGAAUGCCACCCUGCUGGCGUCAGCGCCAAGACCGACGAAAUCUACGACGAGCUCGCAGAAUUUCUACAGGACCUGAGGAACGGUCUUGAUAAUGAAGAAGACGAAAUCAGUCUGCGCGAAGCACCCCCUGCCAGAUCAAAGCUGAGUAUGAAGCUGAAGUCGCGAUAUGAAGCGAUGAUACAAAAGGAAGAAGAUGAGGCUAUGAUGGAAGGACAAGAAGAAGAAGAAGAAGAAGAAGAAGAAGAUUAUGAUGAUGAUGAGAAAGAUGCGGAUGAUAAAGACGCCAAGUCAAUUGAUACCGACGCCGCUACUCCAGAAAGAUCAGGCGUGGAGAACAUGGAAACAAAGGAGACAUUUGCGUCCGAGCCAAGGCCAGAACGCGAGACUGCUACGCCAAACAAACCCUAUGUCCCGCCUUUCAAGCGCAACUUGUUGAAUCAAGAGGGUAGCGGUGACCGCACAGAGGAUAUCUUGCAGUGUAUGACAGUAUGUGCGAUUACGGUUGCCAAACAGGUUUCUGCUCAGAUUGUUGCGGAACGCAAGAACGCAGAGAAAGCACAAGCCCUCUUGCGAGACGACCUGAGAAGGACGAUCAAGGUGAUGUCCGAGGAAAAUUUGGCGAUAUCCAAGGAAAAAUUGGCGAUCGAGAGGACUUCAUUGGCGACCCAGUUGAGAGAUCUAGAGAAGGUCAAGGCCAACAUCGCAAUCGAGAGAAAGGUGAUAGCAGACAAGUUGGCGGACCUGGAAAAAUCGAACACCCAAGUCACAGCCGAUAGCGAGCAAGUAAGCCUUUCACUGAGUAAGCUAGACAGCGAACUCGCCGAAAUGUCAGAUUGA